AGAGCCACAGGGAGGGAGGCAGCCGAUCUUGCUCAGGCAGAAAGUAAAACUAAAAAGGAUAAUUAGUUAAGAAAAGAUUAAGCGAAUGGACAUUUAAAAGCAGAGAUGUCUACAGUAUGUACCUCUCUGAGGAGCUGAGCCCGUCUGAAAAUGGAUUUUUGUCGUAAGGAGAAGGAAACGUACAAAUUUUUUAGGAUACUUUGAGCGGCGUGUUUCUAUUUUGGUGGCAAACGAUAACACACAAAGAAAUCAGAAGUGAUUGUGGAUGGAGGGUUCUGGCAGUCCUCGCUUCAGAAAACUCCAUUUCCCAGUGGGUUUGUGGAUCAACUCCCCGAGGAAACACUUUGCCAAACUAGGUGGCCGUUGGCCCAGCGCUGUCUCUGUCAAGUCGACUACCAGCUCUGACGCAGCCUCCCUCCACGAGGCCCCCUCUGCUCCUUCCUCUUCCCUUUCUAACUCUACCCCCUCGCUGGCUUCCCCUACCCAAUCCCCAUCUCCUUCCCCGGCCUUCCUCAGGCCGCGGCCUGCUGGGCCUCAGUCCCGCACAAAGCGCCUUUCCCAUCUCUUCCUGCGGGGGCGUUCCAACAGCGACCGGGACCGGGCCGUAGGGGAGAGGGAGAGAGAGGUUUGGGCCCAUUCGGCUGCCCCCUCCUCCCACCAUUACUUGCCCCCUGCCUCUUCCUCCGCCCCAGGCCUGAUCAAGAUCUAUGGGGAUGCUCUCUCCAGUGGAGCCAACUAUCGCUCCCUGCUGGCCAACAUUCACUCUACAGCCAGGCAGCUAAUCGCCCAGGUCAUCACUCGCUACACCGAGAGAGAGAGGGAGGAGACGGAUGACGCAGUUCUCCAAAAGCACAGCCCUGAGGACUUCCUGCUGUGUGAUGUCAUUGGAAAGCCCAUCCAGCAACCAGAUGGAGCUAUCAAAUGGGAGACAGAGUGCCGGAGAAGCGUUGCCCCAUGGGAAUGUCCUUUGUUGUUGGUGGACAUGUGGAGGCCUAAGGAUGGAUUUGAGCGGCGCUUUGAAAUCCAAAGGAAAGAAGACUAUGAGAGAGAAGAGAGGGAGAGGGAGAAGGAGCGUGAGAGGGAGGGAGAGAACUACCAAGGUGUGCGCUGGCGGCGGAGCAGGAUGAUGUCAGGUGGCGGACCGGAGGAGAGUGAGCGUGGUCACCGUGGAAGAAACACAGAGCUCAGGAGGAGCAUCAGUGACAUGAACCUGAGCCUGCGUCGUCGCCAAGGAAACAACGUCAGCAAUGAAGGCCGUGGUUCUGGCAACCGACCUAACAACAGUGGAGUGACGCACGACAGGAAGAACAUCGUGAGCAUGAUCAACCCCCAGCCAGGAGAGAUAAGAGCAUCAAAAGCGGAGGCUAAGGUUGGAUGGACGAACCAGGAGGAUGAGAGGGACUACUCCACCUGUGACCUGGAAGUGAUGUCACAGAGUUUGAUCCUUCCACCCACAGACCGGCCCUACUUCCUGUUGCUGCAGGGUUACGAUCAGAGCAAGGAUUUUGUUUUGUACAUCAUGACGGGACAUACACAUGUGUUUGGGAGGAAACCCACAAUGAGGGAGAGGGAGAAGGACAGAGAGAGAGAAAGGAAGGGGAAGAGGCCUCUGAAGGUGGACACGUUCCUGUCUGCUCCUGACCUUCUGGCCAGACACUUGCUGAUCAGGAGAGACUCUGCUGUUCCAGAGACGCCCACUGGACAAGCUCUGAUGCGGCCCUUCAGAGGAGGCGCAGUUACACACAAUGGAGUGGCCCUUUACAGAGAGACCGCCCUAAAGCCCGGAGAUGUGAUUGGUCUGGGGAACCACUUCCUCUUCUUGUACCGUGACCCCCGUGUGACUCCAGCCCCACCGCUGGCAUUGACCCUGCCGUGGCAGGCUGAUACCUCCACCACCUGCUGCCCUUCAGGUUUGCUGGACAGACAGGAAACACUGAGGCAGUACCUGGGAUCGACUGAGGCGGUUUUGAAAUUCCACCCUCGUCACGCAGACGCCUUGUUACAGGAGAUAAUCUCCAAAAAUUCCUCUCCAGACUCUGGUGGUGGGCCUUUAGCUCCAGCGUAUCUCCUGUCAAUCAUGAUAGAUCACGCCUCGAAACACCUGGACCCAGCUCUCACACCACAGAUACUACUCAAGUCAGCCAAUCUAAUAAAAGAAAUUGUCUGGGAUAACAUUAAGGAAUUUGGGGAUAAGCAUCCCACGCAAAAUUCAACAGAGCAAGAGGGAGAGAUAAGCAUGCCGAACGUCCUGAAACUGUCGUCCGACCUUCGACCCCUCAUGUUCUGGAUGUCAAACGCCACAGAGCUGCUCAACUUCUUCCAGGUCAAAGUUGAAACCAUGGAGAAAGAGUGGGAGUUUGAAGCCCCCGGGGAUCCAGUUUUGACAGCUGACAUGGACACCUGCUCAGAAGCUCUGGCACAGCUGGAUGACGUCAUUAUGCACACCUUCCAACAGUGUGUAUAUCACCUCACCAAGACCCUCUACUCACUUCUUCCAGCGCUGCUGGACACCAACCCAUUCUCCAGUGAGGACAAAGAGAAGGACAAGGAUGGAGCUCACAGUGCAGAUGGCGAGGAGAAGAGAGAAGGAGAAGGAGAGGUGGACGACGUGUCCGCCUUGCCGCCCAAGGUCGCUGGACUGGUGGAAGUGUACCGCUGUUCUUUGAUGCUAUCGCGGGAGGCGUGUCUUUCUCCUCCACUAACCUCUCAGACCUUCGGCUACCUCUUCUUCUUCACCAACACCUCUUUGCUCAAUACUCUGCUGGAGAGAGAUGGACUGUUUUCAUGGUCCAGAGCGGUCCAAAUUCGUACAAACUUGGACCUGGUUCUGGACUGGCUUCAGGGAGCAGGGCUAGGAGACAUAGCGUCUGAGUUCAUGAAGAAACUGUCGAUCACGGUCAACUUCCUGUGCAUUCCCAAGACCCGUCUCAUCCAGUCAUCCUGGACUAGUCUACAAGAGGACCAUGCCUUGUUAAGUCCUUCUCAGUUACACCACCUGCUCACCCAUUACAAACUGGGACCGACCAGAGCCCCACCAGCAUCCUGGGCUCCACCUCCCGGCACAGAGCUUAGCGGAGACAUCUUUGAGAGCUUUCUGGACCAUCCUCCUCUUAUUCUGCCAAAUGAGACUCCACGCCUCGACCUCUCCCAGCCAAUCCCGAGCCCUGAGCUCCAAAAGGAAGUUACACGUCUCCGCACCUUCUUGUGGGGACUCGACCAGGACGAGCUCCCUGCCAAUCAGAGGACUCGACUUUGAGGAAGCCCAUAUUUGUCUCUCUGUGGAAGUUUCUUAGAAGUAAAACAGAUAUUGCCAGAAACAGCACACUGUACACCAGAAAAAUGCAGACAUUUAUUCUGCCUUUUAUCGCCUGGUUGUUGUUUUUCAUUUUCAUAACAUUUCAUUUAUUCAUUUAGUUAUUGUGAAGUAAAAGAAAUAUAUUGGCUUAGGUAUGUCUUUAUAGGAUUUAUUUUAAAGCAGGGAGUGAAACCUCAUGUCUGCUGGGCCAUGUAGUGUAAUGCUUUACAUGGCUGUUUUACUUGGCUUCCAUGUAUGUUUUCAAACUGUUUGUUUUUAAUAAAACGGUGAAUUCUGGUCUACAAGA